AUGCCAUCCCCUCGUCCCCCGUGUCCCCAUCCCGCUGCCACCCCCGUGUCCCGACACCGUCCCCGCGUCCCCGCCGGUGACCUGACGCCUCCCCCCCCAGUCUGCGGCCACGCCUCGGGGGGCGCAGAGGACGAGGGGGAGGCGGAGGCCGGCUGGAUCGAGGGGGCGGCCAUCCUGCUGUCGGUGGCCUGCGUCGUCCUCGUCACCGCCUUCAACGACUGGAGCAAGGAGCGCCAGUUCCGGGGGCUGCAGAGCCGCAUCGAGCAGGAGCAGCGCUUCACCGUCGUGCGCCACGGCCGCCAGGCCCAGGUCCCCGUCGCCGAGCUGGUGGUGGGCGACGUUGCCCAGGUCAAGUACGGCGACCUGCUGCCGGCUGGCGGCAUCCCGGGCACCCACGUCAUGGAGGGCUCGGGGAAGAUGGUGGUGACGGCCGUGGGGGUCAACUCGCAGACCGGCAUCAUCUUCACCCUGCUGGGCGCCGGCGGGGAGGAGGAGGAGGAGAAGAAGGAGAAGAAAGGGAAGCCCCAGGACGGCACGGUGGAGAACCUGCAGAGCAAAGCCAAGAAGCAGGACGGGGCGGUGGCGAUGGAGAUGCAGCCCCUGAAGAGCGCGGAGGGCGGGGACGUGGAGGAGCGGGAGCGGAAGCGGAGCAGCGGCCCCAAGAAGGAGAAGUCGGUGCUGCAGGGCAAGCUCACCAAGCUGGCCGUGCAGAUCGGCAAGGCAGGUGGGCGCCCGGACGCNNNNACGGUGAUCAUUCUGGUGCUCUACUUCGUCAUCGAGACCUUCGUGGUGGAGGGCCGGCCCUGGCUGGCCGAGUGCACCCCCGUCUACGUCCAGUACUGGGUCAAGUUCUUCAUCAUCGGCGUCACCGUCCUGGUGGUGGCCGUCCCCGAGGGGCUGCCGCUGGCUGUCACCAUCUCCCUCGCCUACUCUGUCAAGGUCAGGGGGAGACGGACGCCGUCCGCCUGUCCCGCCGCCCCCGCAGGACUCCCCGCUGAAGGCCGUUCAGAUGCGGUGGGUCAACCACACACGUCCGUGCAGAUGCUGUGGGUCAACCUCAUCAUGGACACCUUCGCCUCGCUGGCGCUGGCCACCGAGCCGCCCACGGAGGCCCUGCUGCUGCGCAAGCCCUACGGCCGCAACAAGCCCCUCAUCUCCCGCACCAUGCUGAAGAACAUCCUGGGCCACGCCGCCUACCAGCUCGUCAUCAUCUUCACCCUCCUCUUCGUCGGGGAGGUCUUCUUCGACAUCGACAGCGGGCGCAACGCCCCCCUGCACGCGCCGCCCUCGGAGCACUACACCAUCAUCUUCAACACCUUCGUCAUGAUGCAGCUCUUCAACGAGAUCAACGCCCGCAAGAUCCACGGCGAGAGGAACGUCUUCGACGGCAUCUUCGCCAACCCCAUCUUCUGCUCCAUCGUCCUGGGCACCUUCGCCAUCCAG